AUGAAACUGGCUUUUGUAACCGGGUCUAAUAAAGGUAUUGGAUAUAGUAUUGUUGAGAAGCUUGCAAAAUUUUAUGGGACGUCAGGAGAAUGGGACAUUUAUUUAACAGCUCGGAACGUUGAUCUUGGUCUUCAGGCUGUGAAAAAACUGGCAGAUGAAGGACUUGAUGUCAAAUUUCACCAAUUAGAUAUAACAGAUCCUAACAGUCGAAAAGCAUUUCUGUCAUUUGUGCAGAAGAAUUAUCCUGGUGGGAUAAACAUUUGUGUGAAUAAUGCUGGCAUAGCUUAUAAAGUGGAUUCUCCAGCUCCAUUUGGUGAGCAAGCCAAAGUUACGGUGAACACCAAUUUCACUUCAACCGUUGAUUUUAUUGAGGAGUUCAUUCCCUUGUUAGCUGAAAAUGCUAGGUACGACAUUACUGCUACUUGA